AUGGACACACUUCACGCCAGAGCUGACUGGGAGAGUGUCGGGGACAGAUGGUUCCGCAAGACACAGCAGUAUACAGCUGUGUUUGACCAAGAUCUCGACUUGGAUAAUUAUAUCGUUGCGGGAGCUCCAUAUGCAGGAGCACUAGCACUAUGGCGCGACGACACAAAGCUUCUCGCAUAUCAACCAGGAAGAUCAGCAAAACCAGCAAUUGACAUCUACAGUCUUGCUGGUAAGAAACUCCGAAGCAUCCCCUGGGAUAAUGGUACCAUUAAAGGCCUUGGGUGGUCUGAAGAUGAGACUCUACUCGUUGUUACCACUGACGGUACGGUCCGCUGUUAUGAUCUGCAAGGAGACUUUACACAAUUCUCCCUCGGCCAUGGUGCCGACAACUAUAGCGUCGAGUCAUGUCGGUCUGUCGAGGUACUAUUAAGUGUUGAUAAGACUGUAUACGUCGUCGAUGCUACUGAUUGCGAAGACCGUUUCCUCGAUAUUGGACCUUUCAGCCAUAUUAGUGUCUCUCCGGAUGGUCGCUACGCCAAUCUUUAUGCUGUGAAUGGAAAAGCUCAUGUCAUAUCGAGUGACUUCCAAGAACGGCUAUUCGAACAUGAUUCCGACUCUCAAACACCUCCUCUAUAUGUUGAAUGGUGUGGGUCUGAUGCACUCAUUGCCUGGGAGGAUGAGGUGCAUAUUAUCGGACCUGGUGACUCUUCAUCUUCAUAUAUAUACGAUAGCACACGUGUGCAUGUCAUUUCUGAACACGAUGGUGCCCGUCUAAUUACAAAUGACUUUUGCGAGUUCCUUGAAAGAGUGCCUAGGGAUACCCUCGAAGUCUUUGGGCAGUCUUCAGAUUCAUCGCCUGCUUCAAUUCUUCUCGACGCUGUAGGCCAACUAGAGCUUGAGUCUCCAAAAGCAGAUGAUUACAUCCAACUAAUACGACCUAAUCUUACUGGUGCUGUGGACACUUGUGUUAAUGCGGCUGGGCGCGAGUUUGAUACCCACUGGCAGAAGCGUUUACUCAAAGCAGCUUCAUUUGGCAAAUCUGUACUCGAUAUAUAUAACAGCGACGACUUUGUUGACAUGUGCGAGACUCUACGCGUGCUCAACGCUGUGCGAUAUUAUGAAGUAGGCAUGCCACUGUCUUUUGAGCAGUAUCACCGCUUGACACCGGAGAGCCUCAUUCGACGAUUGCUCAACCGACACGAGUAUCUUCUUGCCUUGAAGAUCGCAGGCUAUCUGAAGUUACCAACAGAUCGAAUCUAUGUACACUGGGCGUCUUGCAAAGUCCGUGUAGGUGGCGAGGAUGACGAUACCAUCUGCCGGUUGAUUGUGGAGAGACUAUCUGGCAAGCCUGGAAUUUCCUUUGAAGAGAUCGCUCGUGCAGCAUACCAAGAAGGAAGGGGCCGACUUGCUACUGAACUUCUCAACCAUGAGCCUCGUGGUGGUAGACAGGUUCCUCUUCUCUUGAGUAUGGAGGAGGACGAGCUUGCUCUUGACAAAGCUGUUGAGAGUGGCGACACAGACUUAAUACUGUCAGUUUUGUUGCAGCUCAAGAAGAAGUUGCCCCUCGCCGCUUUCUUCAGGGUCAUUAAUGCGCGACCGACAGCAACAUCACUGGUGGAAGCUUUGGCCAUGGAAGAGGGUGACAACACGCUGCUAAAAGAUCUGUAUUAUCAAGAUGACCGACGAGAAGAUGGUGCCAACGUUUUUAUCCGGGAAUCAUUGAAACAACCUGAUGCUCGAACAGCAUCUGACAAAUUGGCACUGGCAGCAAAGCUCUUAGUGGAUUCCAAGGAGUCUGCGUUCGAGGUUCAUGCGUUGAAGGAGGCUACGACACUUCUGCGGAUGCAGGAAGCUUUCGACCGGGAUUUGACAGACACCUUUACUGGCCUGAGCGUCAAUGAAACCAUGUUUAAGCUUAUUCGACUGGGCUACCACGGACGGGCUAAGAAGAUCCAGAGCGAGUUCAAAGUCCCCGAGAAAGUGGCGUGGUGGAUUCGAUUACGAGCACUAGUUGCGAAGCGAGACUGGAACGAGAUCGAGGAGAUUUCCAAGACAAGGAGAAGCCCCAUUGGUUGGGAGCCGUUCUUCAACCUCACGCUUCAAGCGGGCAACCCACGUUUAGCAUCUGUAUUUGUACCCAAGUGCACAUCAGUAGAAGCUGGAGAGACGAUCACCAUGUAUGAGAAGUGCGGAAUGCGGGUGAAGGCCGCGCAAGAAGCCGUGAGGCUCAAGGACAGUGAGUCGUGGGAGAGGCUCUUGGAGGCUGCAGGAAAGGGGUCACAAGAGGGAAGAGAGAUCGAACGUCUGGGCCAAUCCGUAUUCAAGAAGUAG